UAGUUUACAGGUCCAGGCGAUGGGCGGCCUCAGGCCGAAAUCGGGACUCAACCGGAUGGCUGUUGCUAGCCGAGGCUGCUGGCCCCGGGGCUCUAUCCUCGGGCUGCUCGGACUGGUCUUGGCCACCGCCACCGCCUGGGACGUGGCUUCUCUGUACUGCAGUUUCAGCUCGUUCUGCGAAUGUGACUUCAGGCCGGACUUGCCGGGUCUGGAGUGUGACCUGGCCCAGCACCUGGCUGGCCAGCAUCUGGCCAAGGCCCUGGUGGGGAAGUCACUGAAGGCCUUUAUCCAGAACCCGGCCCCCAGCAAACCACUGGUCCUUUCCCUGCACGGCUGGACAGGCACCGGCAAGUCCUACGUCAGCUCCCUGCUGGCACAGCACCUCUUCCAGGGCGGCCUCCGCAGCCCUCACGUGCACCACUUCUCCCCCAUCAUCCACUUCCCACAUCCCAGCCACACCGAGCAGUACAAGAAGGAACUCAAGAGUUGGGUCCAGGGGAACCUCACUGCCUGUGGCAGAUCUCUCUUCCUCUUUGAUGAGGUGGACAAGCUGCCCCCUGGCCUGAUGGAGGUGCUGCAGCCCUUCCUGGGCCCCUCCUGGGUCGUGUACGGGACCAACUAUCGCAAAGCCAUUUUCAUCUUUAUUAGCAACACUGGUGGCGAGCAGAUCAACCAGGUAGCCCUGGAGGCAUGGCGUAGCCACAGGGACAGGGAAGAAAUCAGCCUACAGGAGCUGGAGCCAGCAGUCUCCCGAGCUGUGUUGGACAACCCUCACCGUAAAUGGCUUCUGGCGGUCUGGCAACAUGGAGGAACGCCUGAUCGAUGCUGUGGUGCCCUUCCUCCCACUCCAGCGGCAUCACGUGCGCCACUGUAUCCUCAACGAACUGGCUCAGCUGGGCCUGGAGCCCCAGGAGGAAGUGGUUCUGGCUGUGCUGGACAGCAUCACCUACUUCCCGGAGGAUGAGCAGCUCUUUUCCUCCAACGGCUGCAAGACAGUGGCCUCCCGAGUCACCUUUUUCCUCUGAGAACCCAGGUGGCAUCACCGCCUCCUCUGUCUAGACAGAACAAACAGGAAGGCCUGGGUCUCCUGAAGGUGGGACCUUGAGCACAGAAUUAAGAUGAAGAAGGAUGUUGGCCAGGCCAAGGAAGAAAGGCCUAGAAGGCAUCUUCACCAGGAAACUCCUGGGCACCCCAGAACCUCACAGCCUUGCCACUGCCCUGCAGCCUGAGCCUUCUCAAUGUGAACUGUAACUCAGGGAUGACGGCUCGUGGCUGCUCCCAUCCAGGGCUUUUAACUGCACACCUUGCCGGCUGGGUUCUACGCGAGAUCUUAGCCUGUGGCUGGACCUGGAAAUCCAGCAAGGCCAGACUGGAACCUCACAGUUGGACCAAAUGGAGGGCUCGAGCUGCCACCUGGGCCUGGAUUUCACAGUUUUUAAUUUUAUACGAGAGAACAGGGUUAAUAAACGUAGCCAUGGGAUCGGAA